GCGGGUGGAGCUGGUCAGCCCCUCGCUUGCCUUUUCCAGGAGCGAGAGGCUGGGCCACAGCAGGGUUUAAACCAAGUGGUGGGACAGAGUUUCCACAGGACUCCGAGCUGCCAGUUUGCUGCGUGCAGCUGGAAAGAGGAACAGAGGAUGCAGCUAGAAUAUCCCCGGCCAGCCUCUUCCCGGUCCAUCCUGCCUCCCCUCUACGAGCGAGGAGGAGGAGGAGGAGGCGGCAGCGGCAGCCAGCUGGGCACAGGGCUGGCAGCGUUCCCCCGGCCAGAAGCCUUCCAGGGCCCUUGCUCACAGGCCGGCAGCAGCGACGGCACCAAGCCACCCUACAGCUACAUCGCGCUGAUCACCAUGGCAAUCCAGAGCACUCCGGAGAAGAAGAUCACCCUGAAUGGCAUCUACCGCUACAUCAUGGGCCACUUUGCCUACUACCGGGACAACAAGCAGGGCUGGCAGAACAGCAUCCGCCACAACUUGUCCCUCAACGAGUGCUUUGUGAAGGUGCCCCGGGACGACAAGAAGCCCGGCAAGGGGAACUACUGGACGCUGGACCCCGACUGCUACAACAUGUUCGAGAACGGCAGCUUCCUGCGAAGGCGCCGGCGGUUCACCCGCAAGCGAGGCCUGGCACAGGCCUUGGGGGACGGCAAGGGCAACAAGAAGAUACCCAAAGGCCGGGCCGUGCUGGCGAGCCAGACAUUCCCAGGGAGGGCCAUCAAGAUGGAAAGUGGCCCUUCUUCGCCAGCUCCCUCUAGCCUGCUCCAGAGCCCCUGCAGAGGGACCCCAGGCACGGAGAACUCUCUGCCCGGCUCAGAAGCCCCCGCCACUGGCCAAAGCGGCAGAGAGCCAGUCCUUCCGUGCCAGGAGCAGGCGGGCCCUGGGAGCCUCGCGUGCGCCAAGGGGUAUUUGCCCAGCCCCCAGCAGCUCGGCCUGCCUCUGCAAGCCCUGUCGGGGUCCAAGCCCCGGCCCUUUGGGAGAGAGCCCGGCUACCCUUCCCCCCGGGAGGAGAGCCCCCGGACGAAGGAGGCGGUUCUUGGGGACAUCCGGGCUGAGCCUCUGGGGCACGGCACCCCCCUUGGCCAGAGGAUGCCUCAGCAGCCUGCUCAGCCCAGGGCAGAUGUCAAGGAGCUGCUCCAGAGCACCCCCAAGACACCCGGACACGGGCCUCCCAGGACUGGGGAGGAAGUGAAGGAGGCCCCCCAGACCUUCGGCCAGCUGGCCCCGGCCUUCCCGCCCCUGCUGGGGCCCAGCAAAGCCGCCCAGCCUGGGAGCAGGCAGCCCUCCCCAGCCUGCCUCCCCUCCUCUGAGGGCGAGAGCUACAGCAAGACGCCGCCGGUGCUGCCCAUCUUUGGCUCUUUUGGCCAUCCGAGCCCCGAGGCCCUGAGCGGGAACUACCAGUGCCGUUUGCAGGCCUUGAAUUUCUGCGUCAGCGAGCACGGCUGCGGCGCCUCGGCCUUGGAGCACCUCUUGGCAGCCCCGCCAGCUCCCAGCUCCCCCGCAGGCCCCCUUCAGCCUCCCUCCUUCAUGCAGCUUCCAGGGGAGCAGGAGAGCUGGUCUGGCAGCCCCUUCGCCCUCCAAGGGGGGAACGGGUACCAGCUGGGCCUCCCCCACUGCCUCUACCGGACACAGGGCAUGUUCUUCUUUGAGUGACCAGGGGGAGCAGGCUGGGCACGCGGCCUGCCCUGCUGGGAGAGAGGAGCGCCAGCCCCACGGACACCCCCCUGUAAGUUAUUGACUCCUCCCUGGCAGAACCAAGCGGAGCGGCCGGUGACCAAGGCUGCCAGAGGUUGCCUGCCAGGUCCGGAAGACGUCUCCCGCCUGAUGGAUCCGACUCUUUUAUGGCUCGUGGAAUAAAUGUGUCUCCCUCCC